AUGACUACACUGCUAUGGAUGCUCACACCUCACUCACUCUCACUCAUUCAUGUAAUUGUAAUGUCUCUUUUAUUAAGUUUUCUUCAUCAUGUUCUCAGCUCAGAGCUAAUUCAUCAUCACUCACUUUCACUUACUAAGAGUUACUAUGACCAUACUACUAUAUAUACCAUGAGUAUCACUAUAGGCUGUGACUAUGGGUAUCAGAAGUGAGAGUUUGUGUUUAUUAAAAAUAUUAUUGUAGGUUUUGUAAGACAAAAUUAAGUAUCAAAUGAAAGAUAAUUGAAUGGAGUAUAUUUUGUAAACUUACUUCUUCAGUUUAACUAAAGUAAACUACCACAAAUGACAUCCGAAUAGCUUUUAGUUUAAAGGGACCCGGACACGCAUAGCCGCUAUUCGGACCCGGUUCCCUUUAGACUUUAGACUCGGAUAUCAUUUGUGGUAGUUUAUUUUAGUUAACUGAAGAAGUAAGUUUACAAAAAUAUAGUCCAUUCAAUUAUCUUUCUUUUGAUACCAAAUUUUGUCUUACAAAUCCAACAAUAGUAUUUUUAUUAAUUUUUUAAUCCCAACCUCUUAGUUCUGGGACCCAGGUCCCUAUAGCCACUUCGAUGACUAUACUAUGAGUAAACUUCACAACCUUGAACUUAGUACUAGUUACACAUGACAUUUGUUUUUUAAUUGACAUGGCAUGAUAUGUUGACAUUCAAGUUACAUUGUUGAUUCCAAAUAGUGAUUAAAUUGACUGAACUAGCCUACUCUAACAUUGGCAAAUUAAGAAUAGUAAGAAUUAAAUAGUGCCUAUCAGUAUCAGAGGCUAAGGUUGGUGUGGUAAAUUCUCGGUGCCACACACCCACUCCCCCUUUUUCCUCCGGACUGCACCAAGUAAUUCUUAACCGGAUUAUACAGAAUCACUUAUAACUUAUAGUACCCCGUAUUUUUAAAAAUUAAAUCCUAAUGAACCUAAAGCAACCAAAGAUAUAAGAAGAAAACAUAGUAAGGUAAGAUGAUAGGCGUAGCUUAGUUUUGUUAUGGUCGAAGUUUGUCAUAAUUUAGUGACACUCACUUUAGAUAAAAAUUCAACUUGUAUGUCUAUUCCCUUAAAAUAUUGUGGUUUUAAACUAACAGCAAAUUUUGAAGGGCUCUUAUAUAUUGAUAAUUGUUGUAUACAUUCAAAUGUUUGCCCUAGGCUCAAGUUCUCCAGCUCCGGCUCACCUAAUGAACAAUCUAAACCUAUUGAAAAUGCCAAGCUAACUAUGGUCUCCAUUUUUGGUUGUGCCCAAGGCCUAUAUUAAACACUGCAUCAUAGUAUACUCAAGGAAAAAAGUAAUAUGUAUUUGCUGUGGUUUAUUUACCAUUAGGCUAUGCCUGGCUACAUCACCUUCCAUAGGUUGGCAUAAAUCUAAAACUUCAAAAAUAAAGUAAAAAAAUGUAUAGUAAGUUUCAAAGUCCAUUAAUAAUUAUCUAUGCCUGCAUAUUCAACUGUUUAUUUUUACAUUAUUUUGUCUAUUCAUUCUUAAGUCCCCAUAUUUGUUACAUCUCCUAUAAAUCUCUUGCGUUAACUUUUUGCUUGUCUUGGGAUGUUGUCAACUGAAAGGGAUAAGGUGAAGAAUGGUAAUUUUGUUUGUGGUAAUAAGGGGGGAGACAGCAAUCAGGUUAGCAAAAAAGGAAAUGAGUGAAAACAAAAGUAUCGGAAAACCUGAAAAGAGCAACGCAAAAAAAGCAACAAACUUAUUGGCAAGAAGCAGUAAAACAGAAUUAAAUAAAAAAAAGAGCAACCCAAAAAAAGCAACAAACUUAUUGGCAAGAAGCAGUAAAACAGAAUUAAAUAAAAAAUUAGCUGUAAUGUAGUAUCCGAAUAGGCAGCAAGAGGAUUGUGAUAGAAAUUAAGUAGGUGAGAGAUUAAAUACAGGCAAAAAGGAAAAAAAAGAGAAGUAAGUCCACUGUGAUUGGUUAUGAUGAAGAGGGGUGGAGCAAAUGUUUAGCAGAUAAAUGAGACCAUGACACUCAUGCCAUGUUGUGUCAAGGUUCCAUAAGUCUGGAUCAGCUUGUUUUCCAUAUUCACCAUGUGUUUUUGUGCAGGUCAUGAUCACACUUACCUUGUGAUCGCUUCUAUUGAUGGGACACUGCCUAUGUUUUUAAUAUAUGAAACAUAUAUUCAUUUUAUUCAAAUUAAAACCAAAUUAAUUUAAAUUUGCCAAACUGCAGGGGUUGCCUAAGCAAAGCAUUAGUUGUUACUGAACCCAACUUCUUAAAGAUAUUUCGAUUCCAUAUCUCUAAAAAUUAUUAACGAUACAUUUUCCAAAUAUUUAAUAUAUGUUAGGCUUACUAAGUAAGUGAUAGUUCAGAUUUACUCUCUUUAUUUCAAAUUUAUUAGUUUCUUUGUUUUUAGGACCUUGUUGUAACUUUAAAUUAGUUUAAAGUGUUUGGGGGAUAAACUUUACUUACCUGUUUGCAGGGGUAUUUGAUUAAAAAUCUUCCUGUUUGUAUCAUGGCACUAUUUUUCUUCAGAUUGCUGAUGGAGAUCUGGGAUUUUCAUUAGACCACUUUUGUAUUCCAAAACAUUAUGAACAGGACUUGGAUCAUGUGCUCAUUCCAGCCGGACUUAUCAAUGAUAGGUUUGUUGUUCAUCAAACAUUAAUUAAAUAUAUGUUGAUAUUCUCUCACCUGUUAAUACAUUUUCUGGUACCAUAAAAAGUGAUUUUAAACCAUUAACUAAAUAUUUUAUCUUUUAUAUUUUUAGAAAUGCAUAUAUUAUAAUUUUUUUAUAAUUAAUUCACAGAGUUGAACGUUUAGCACGAGACAUUGUAACUGAUUUUGGUAAUGAGCCAAUUGUGGGACUUUGCAUUCUUAAGGGUGGCUACAAAUUCUUCACUGACCUACUGGACAAAAUUCAAGUUUUAAACAGAAACAGUGGUAACUCUGUACAGCUUGCAGUUGAUUUUAUUCGCCUCAAAAGCUAUGUUGUAAGUUUGGUAUGUAAAUAUACAAACUAUGGCAGUUCAUGUGGAAGUGAUGUAUCAAGAAUUCUAAAUAACAUUUUAGAAUUUAAAAUUGACCUUUAAAACAUUAAUUGCUUUUAUUUAUUACAGUUUAAUCUGGGAUUAGUGACAGCUUUAUUAGUUUUAUGAAAGAAUAAUUUUUUAGAUAAAUAUAUUAGUUGAAUAUAGGCCUAUAUCCAUCAUUCACAUAGAACCUUUAGUGUUGUCUAAGCCUAUUGAUAUUUAUAAAGGUUAUAUAAGGAAAAAUGAAAUGGGGCUCCAGGCCCCAGAGGGAAGGAUACUAUGAGUUCAGUAUCCUUCAGUAUUUGAAUAUGGAUAAUAAAGUGUAUCUGUUCUAAGUUUGUUCAAGAUCCAUCAAUUCAUGUAGUAGUAUUUUUUAGUAAUUUUAUUUGUAUAGGUCAUAUAGGGAAAUAAUGACAUUUUGGGCCCCCCGGCCCCAAACAGAAUGUUACAAAAAGUUCAUAACCCCUUAAGAGUUCCUUCUCGAUAAUGAUGGAUGUAUGUGCCACUUUUGGUCAAGAUCCAUCAAUCCAUUUAAAAGCUUUUAUGGAACAAACAAACAAACCCACAAAUUUUCACUUUUAUAUAUAUAUAUAUGUGAUUUAUAGGCGUAAAAACUAAAGUAAAAUAAGGGUCACGAAAAAAACCCAUAGUGAAAAAUUGGUUUUAUGGUCAUUACUAAAAAAUUAAUAACUUUUGAACCAUUUGAGCUAGAAAGUUGAUCUUGGUGUUUUUUAAUUCAUUCUCAAGACUCUAGACAUCUGUAGUAUUUUUAUAUUUUUAAAAAUGUUUUGAAAUUUUCAUCAAAGGUUUGUAAAAUUUGUUAUUCAAUGUGAUUAUAUAUCGUAAGAGCAUGAAGCAACUAGAUACUUAACUGUCUCUUUUUCCAACAAAAUUUUUGCUUUUGUUAGUGAUGCCUUGAAAACCAGGGUCUUUGGUCAUCCACUCUCUAAGGUACUUGCCCCAAUUUGUUUCAAAUUUCCUCUUUCUUUUUUUCCUUUUUUUAAUUCAAAUUGGGCUCUCCCAUUUCUUCUUCUUCUUCUUCUUUAUUUUAAGGGCCCACGAUCAAUGAAUUGAUCAUUCUGGCUCCUAUGUUUCAGAGAGGUUUGCGAUGUUACUGUCCAUGGGUUUCAAUGGGAUACUUCACUGGUUGCAAGGGCGACUCAGCAGUGGUGUUAUGAACUGGGGGUUGGAAUACAGGAGGCAAUAGACACAAAUGUAUCGAGUGUAGCUUUUGGAAGCUUGUUCCAGUCCCCUAUUGUCUUCGGCAGGAAUGAGGAGCUUCUGUACUUCGUUCUUGUUUUUACCAGCCGGAACUGUUUGUCGUGACUUCGUCGCAGUCUGGGGGGAAGAUUAACGAGUUUCUGUUUGAUUCCGGAGCAGUGCACCAGUCCAUUUGUUAUCUUGUACAACAUGGUGAGCCUGGAUAGUCGUCGUCGUUCUUCCAAUGUCGACCAGCCCAGUGUUUCCAGCAUGCUGCCAACACUCGAGGUGCUUCUGUAGCGGUUCAUGACAAAGCGUGCUGCCCGUCGCUGGACCGCCUCCAACCUGUCUAUGCUUUUCUGGGUAAAUGGGUCCCAGACUGUAGAAGCGUACUCUAAAAUAGGUCGGACAAAGGCUUUAUAGGCUUUUUCUUUCACGCUUGAGUUGCCGAUCUUCAGAUUGCGCCUUAGGAACCCCAGGGUCUUGUUUGCCCGGUUGCACACACUGUUAAUGUGCUCGUCCCAGCGGACCUCUCUUUGGAUGGUAACACCCAAGUACUUAACGGAGGAAACUGGCUCAAGAAUAUGGCCAUGCAGUUCGUAAGAGUGGUUUAGAGGGAACCUGCUUCUGGAGACUGACAGGGUUUGGCACUUGACGGGAUGAAAUUCCAUGUCCCAGCUUAUCUCCCACUCAGCUAACCGAUUGAGGUCUUGUUGAAGCUGGCUCUGGUCAGAGCUGUUGACCAUUGUCCUAUAUACCGCCGUGUCGUCUGCGAACAGUCUUGCUUGAGAGGUCAGCUUCUCGGGCAGAUCGUUGAUAUAUGCUAGGAACAAACAAGGGCCUAGCACUGAGCCCUGGGGGACCCCUGACUUAACACUGACAAAGGAGGAGGUUUUGCCAUCUACCACUACUGCCUGGCAUCGGUCGCUGAGGAAGCUAGAGAUCCAUGUUUUGGUAGUGCCUUGGAUCCCAUAUCUAUGCAGUUUGUGCAAUAGCAAGCUAUGGUUGACACGGUCAAACGCUUUUGAAAAGUCAAGCACAAGCACAUCAUUUAAUUUUAAUUGAAGGUUUCCAGCCAGUGAAAUAUUAAAAAGAUCUUUAUAUACAAUUCUCGCUGAUGUCUGCUCAAAAUAAAUUAUGCAACACAAAGAUCACGUUCACAAAAAAUGAUAAAAUGUCAAAUUAAAUCAUGCUUUUAAAACCUAACCAUUUAAGCUUUUGUUAGUGAUAUUUUGUACUAAAAAUAUAUAAUUAAUAGAAAUUAAAAGAAGACUAGACACUAUAGUUAUGAUGAGAAUUACACAAAGAUAUUUAUAAUAAUGGAUUACUACUAACUAAAAUGUUGUCUAAAUUAUUACUAUUAGGCUAUGCUGUCUAUUCAUGAAUGAAUUUCCCAAUAGGUAAAUAUGUAUAUAUUGGUCAAUGUUGAAUCACAACAUGAUUCUAUAUUAACUAUACUUUAUAUAUAUAGUCAGCCAAUCCCUAAGCCUAAGGGUACUUAUUUAAAUACACAAAUAGGAUUGAGCUUCAUUUUGAACAACACUGAAUUCUAGUAAGAAUUAGGAACAUACAAAUGUGCCAUUGGUGCCAACAAUUUUUCAAGUUCAUGAAAAUUUUUCUUCUAAAUUUAGUGAACUGUAAAAAAAAUCAUAUAUAACUAUACAAAUGUGAAUUUUAUUUAAAAAAAACAACCUGUUGAAAGUAUAGGUAAACUGUAUCACUUGGCAUUUAUGAAAUUGCUUUUAACGAAUUUUUUAUUUUACAUGAAUUUCUUUCAACUACGAAUCUUUUUAUUUGUAAAAAGUUAUACCAAUGAAACUAUUCUUUCUUCUCUUUUUUAAAAUUUUUUUUUUUUUUAAAGGCAUUAGCUAUAAUUUUUUUAGAAAAGCUUAUCAAUCUGAUUGAAUGUCUAUAUGGUAUGCUAUGUAUAAAAUCUUGGUACAUUUCUUAGGAUUUCCUUUUUUAAAUUCAGUGUUUAUGUUCGUUGGAGAGAAUUGGGCAAAAAAAAUGAAAUUCUCAGUUACGGUAUAUUUACAGAAUUCUAAUAGCACCACUUCCACAUGUGACAGAAUUUUUUUUCCCAAGUCUUCUAGGGCAAGUAAAAUUAUUUUGACAAGUUGUAUCAUCUAGAAGUGUGGAAUUCAUUUUUUUUUCCUUUCCCAUUUUACAUCAACAUGGUUUUUAAAAAAUAAAAAUAAGUCAGAAAUGUAUUUGCAUGCUAAUUUGAAUUUAACUCAAAUGAUGAGCAUAAUAUUAAUACCAGAUUACCUUCAAAGGAUUCAAAACAUUAAAUUAUUAAAAUGCUUCUCACAUAUAUAUUUUACUAGAUGUGAUUAUCACCAGUGUAAAUGUGUGUUAAUGCAUUAAUUUAAACUGCAUGACUUAGUGGCAAGGUGGGCAACAUUGUCGCUAAGCAAAACAUGUGGCAAAUGGACCUCUUAAAGAUGGCACAUAUGGGAUUACCCAUACAAUUUUUUUCAAAGUAAAUAAUGUAUGUACAAUUAAAAGUUAUUCUUAAAAUAUCCUGGGAAUUUGAAAUUUAUUUUUUAAUGUUUUGAUCAACUUAGUUUUGUGAAUCUAUACAAAAGUGAUUAUCAAGUCAAACUAUAUAUACUGAAUUGUUGAUUUAAAUUUAGAUGCAGAGAUGAAUUGAAUUAACUUUUUAGCUGCUUGUUGUGAAAGGAAUGAAAAAUUAAAUUUUGGUUACAAUAAAAUUAAACAGCUUGUUUCAAAUUAAAUUUUGUAUGGUAAUAGUAUUUCAUGAUUUAUUUUUAUUGUGGCAAAUUUUAAUUUUCCUUUGCCAUCUUAGGAGAAAAAUUUGCCCACUGAACACAGUGUGUGGUGGAUGCUCCUGGAAAUAUAAUUUUUUAAUUUACUUUUUGGGUGUAAAUAAAUAUUAAUAUUUAUUUAUUAUAUGUUUGCAUAUUGCUCUUUAAAUUGAUACAAAAAUAUUUUCAUUAUUUUUUGAUACUAUAAAUCUUUCUCUCAAUCCUCUACCAAUAUCUGUAGUACAUGCAUCAUUACCUUCACUCCUUGGCUUUGUUUACAUCUCAUUUUUAUGAACUUUUGUGGGUACAGAAGUGAUAGUAUUAGUGAUAGAGUAAUGAAAGUUAAUUACCGUAAGAAUUAUUAAGCUGUGGAAUUGUCAAAGGCUGCUUUAUCAAUAAUUGUGAAAUCGUAAUUUUCUACAUAUAACAUCCUUUUUCAAACAUUUUAAAGCUAAUUAAUCAAAUUGUGUGACAUAGCAUUAAAGUUUUGAAAAAAAUGCUGACAGUUUAAGUCCAAACAAAAUUAUAUUCCUGUCAGUUAAGAUGCUUUAUAUGAAAUAAAUCAAAGAUAACUUUGCAGCUAACAUGCCUUUGCAGAACACUGGUUUAAGACUGAUAAUAACACUACUGACAUUUAGUUUGUUAAAUACUUCUUCAAGGUUAUAUUUAAUUUAAACAAUGACAUACUGUAAGUUUAAUUUUUAAACUUUAAAAUGUGUUUAAUUUUUUCCAGAAUGAUUCCUCAUCAGGUUCGAUUGAAGUUAUUGGGGGAGACAACUUAGAGAAUUUAAAAGGAAAGGUAAUCAAUUAAACAAUUUCUAAUUUAAGAAAAAUAUUUAUUACCGCUCUACCUUUUGAUGAAUAGCUAAUAAUUUGGUCACAUGUUUAAAGUUUUUGAGUCUAAUAAAUCCUAGUUGGAAUACUAUUUUGUACCACACUGUCAGACUUUAAUCAAGUUAAAAAAAUAAACCAAUUUUUCUUAAAUCUUUUGUUAAAUUAUAGUUGGAAUAAAUAAAAAUGUAUUUGAUUUAGAAUGUGCUUGUUGUAGAAGACAUCAUUGACACUGGCAGAACAAUGAAACAGCUUUUAGUUCUACUAGAUUCCGUUGCUCCAAAAUCUGUUAAAGUUGCCAGGUAAGAUGUUAAUUUAAAAUAAUAGAAUAAAACCUCUUUCCCCUUUCCCAAACUUAAAUGAUCAAACUUUAUUGCUUUAAAAAAUGACAGUCCCUGACAUAAUACCGCUUGCCAAUAUUUAUCCGCAUUUUUUAUGUAUUUUUACAGCUUAUUGGUUAAAAGAACUAAAGAUAAUGUUGGUUACGCACCAGAUUGUAAGUUUUUAUUUAUCUAAACUAGAAAAAUAUUAAUUGUUAGUUAGAAUUCCUUUUAACCCACGAACUGUCAUCGGCCGAUUUUCUCUUCCCAAACUGUGUCGGCCAACAAAAAUUGUGUUAAAACUUUCAAUGAAAGAAUAAGUUCCAGUCCAAUAUUUUACACCAAAUAAAACUACUUCCUUUUAAUCCUUUUAUUAAUAAAAAAACUUCAGUUUUUCGCUCUUCUGUGUCCUUUUUUAAAACUUUUGAGUUAUUUUUACAACGAUCUUGAUCAAGGAUAUUUGUGUCUGUAGAUUUUCACGAAGUGGAUGAGGCCAUAGCUGGACUAUCUGGCUUACAAAAUAAAUCAGUUAGGAAUCUUUUUGAUAAUUCUUUUUAGUUAAUGACUUAAGUGAUUUGGAAGAUGAUUUUCCCAUCACACACGAGGGCAAUGAUAAUUCUGAUUAUUUUUCUGGUGGGUCAGAAAGCAAAAGUUUGGACGAUUUAGACCUAGGCCUAUAAUGAGUAGGCGUUGCUGCAACAACAGGACUCAUUCAAAACUAUGGUACAGAUGAUUUUGUACCAACAAAAAAUAAUUGGAUGUUGUUCUAUAUAUGUUUUCUUGUAUUUGAUUUUAUGGAUUAAAUAUUUAUAUAGCAGCUUUUUAAAUUUUAUCUGUUUUUUGCUAUUUAGUAAUGUUUAUAUUGUUUUAUGUUGUGCUUUGUUAGUUACUUGAACAUAAUUAUAGGUAUCAGAAGAAAUUUUUUAAAAAAAUCUAUUAAUAACUAAAACAUAAAUAAAUAAUGCAUUUUCUGAAAGAAAAAGAAAAAUGAUAUCAUCCAUAAACAUAAUUAUAUGCCUUUAAAAAAAUGUAAUUUGAGGUACUUGAAAAGAAAAAUUUUCUUUAUUCUUGGCUACUUCAAGGUCAAGGUCACAGUCAGCGAGUAUCAAAGAGCAUUAAAAAUAGCCAGUAUGAUUUGCCACUCAGUCUAAUUUCAAGAAUAUACUUGCAUGUGAAAAAUCACAUUUUUCAAAGGCACCCAAAAAGCUUGCACAGUACAGAAAUUUACGAUGGACAGUUCGUGGGUUAAAAAAACAACAAAAUGGAUUGUUUUUGGAAAUAAAUGCAAUAAUUUGCUUGGUGAUC